AUGGCACAGAUGAUGUCAACAUACAUCAACACAACCUUUGAAGUCAAAACGAAAUAUGUUGAUAUCGAAAAGGAAAGAGACGAAGCCAGAAGUCAUUGUCAAGGUAAUUUCUACCAAGGUGAUCUCGCGCGACUGGAAGAUAUUACAAAUUCCAGACAAGGAAGUAUCCGAGUGUGGGACGGUAACGUGUACAAGCUCUCUCCGCCCAUUACAAUAAAAGGUUGCACCAAUGAUACGGGCCUUACUAAGCACAAAAUUCCUAGAAUGAAACUCUGGAAAGAUGCAGCUGCUCAGUGUCAGGCUUUGUGUAAUACAAGCACGUUUGCAAUCAGGGAUACAGAUUGCCACUGUUUGAGUGAUUCCAUCACACCGGCAGAUGAUAGUCACUGUCUUCCUAUGUUGGCGAGGACACCGGCUCAAAACUCUAAAAAUACAGAGGCAAAGACAGUAUUUCAAACAGUUACUCUGGAGAUUAGCGACGUUCCUGCUUUGAACAAGUGCAUUGCUGCAAACGGGUUGAAUCCCUGCAACUUCGAGUUAAGAAAUUGUCAGGAUAGAUUACAGAUGGAAUGUAAACUUGGGACAAGUGCACGCACUGUAUGGGCGGAGGCGGCGUAUGGUUGUAAUAGUGCUAAAAGUUUCCCAAGCCCUGUCCGCGACAACUGCCCGCCUGACUCGUCUGUUUGGUUUGGAGGAUUUCGUGACUUACAAUAUAGUCCAGGUAAUAUGUAG